AUGUUACUCUUCAAUAGAAUAGUUGAUACUAAUCCAGAUUUUGAUCAACUUCGUUUAUUUGUAUUUACUCAAGCACUUUUGAUUGAUCCUCUUAAAUCUAUAGGCAAUUCAGUAGAUCCUUUAUCAUGCAAUGCUAAAACACUUUUUAGUCAACUAUUUGAUUAUAUUAAACAUGAAAAUCUUGAUAAAUAUAAUAUAAUUCCAUCACGUGAAAAACUUCAAUCAUCAUCUGAUCUUAUAUCAUAUCAAAAUAAUCAAGAUUUUCAACAAGCACUUUCAGCUAUCUAUUCAUCAUUGUUAACUAAAUAA